AUGAACGAGAAAUUGAUACUUGAUGAGCUUAAAGAUUGUCCAGAAAUCAUUAGUUGCUUUGGGGAAAAGAUUGCAGAUUUUGGCUUGGCGAAGAGAGUUGGAAGAGAGAAUAGUCCGUCUCUGGUGAUCAGAGGUUUCCAGCAGUGGCGACGGAGGAGUAUUAGCUCUUGUCGUUAUCAUCUUCGAUUGGGAAGAACAGUGAUGAGUCACACGUCGAGGGGAAGAGAUAUUGGUAAGCCUGAUGAUGCAUACACCAGGAAGCAAAAGAAUUUGCUUGCCUACAAUAACUUUUGGGACAUGAAUCGUAAUAGUACUUUAAGAAGUAACAAUGGUGGGAUAUCAAAAAGACCUGCCAACUCUAGAAGUGGAUUAACUCAGGCAGAAAACAUGAGCCAUUCUGAGAGCAAUAACAGCGUAAUUUAUAUCUCAAAGUCGUCAUCACCUGGUUGCUGCCCUGUCAUCGCCACCACUCACCUGUCUUCCAUUAAAGAUAUUGGUAAGCCUGAUGAUGCAUACACCAGGAAGCAAAAGAAUUUGCUUGCCUACAAUAACUUUUGGGACAUGAAUCGUAAUAGUACUUUAAGAAGUAACAAUGGUGGGAUAUCAAAAAGACCUGCCAACUCUAGAAGUGGAUUAACUCAGGCAGAAAACAUGAGCCAUUCUGAGAGCAAUAACAGCGUCAUUUAUAUCUCAAAGUCGUCAUCACCUGGUUGCUGCCCUGUCAUCGCCACCACUCAGUGA